CUCCUAAGUCCUAUCUUGUUGGUAUUGGGAUAAGCACCCAACUUCCUUAUAUAAUAUUUCAUCACCAUUCACGAAUCAAUUGAUAUAUGGACAACUAUACUACUAUACGUAGUGCAUGUUCAUUCAACAUCUAAGUAGAGAAGACAUUAUUAAGUAUCAUCUCCAAUGCCUAAUUCUUUGCAAACCCAUAUAAGAAAUUUUGUCAAGAUAGUCAACAAAAACUUCAAAAGCAAACCUCCAAAGACAUCAUGUGCUUUUGAUCUCACCAUGGAUGUCUCAAAUCAAUUCAAGCAAGUCUUCAAAUUCUUCGACCUCAACAACGAUGGCAAGAUUUCUCAAAUGGAGCUCACAAAUGUGUUGUUGAUUUUUGGUCAAGAUAAGUCAAAGGCCACCAUUGAAGCCCAAGGAAUCCUCAAAGAAGUUGACUUUAAUGGAGAUGGGUUCAUUGACUUGGAUGAGUUCAUGGCCAUCAUGGAUGAUUCCAUUUCCAAGCCAAAUUUUCCUAUUUCAAAGGAAGAUAAUAUUGAUGAUAAUGAUGAUGUUAGAAAUGCUUUCAUGGUGUUUGAUAGUGAUAAGAAUGGACUCAUUUCUGCGAAGGAGUUACAAAGGGUGCUCAUUAAUCUUGGAUGUAGUAAUUCGAAGCUUGGACAAUGUAGAAAAAUGAUUCAAAGUGUUGAUAAAGAUGGAGAUGGGUUUGUUGACUUUGAAGAAUUUAAGUCAAUGAUGUCUAUUGGGAUCAAGUAAGGUUUAUUCCAUCAUCUCUUGUUUCUUAUGCAUUGAUGACUUGUACAUCAUGCAUUGAGAUGUACUAUUAUUGCAUAUCUGUGUGAAGAGAAACUAUAGAUGUUAGAUUUGUAGUCAUAUGACUAGUUGACAAGAUGCAUAGAUUUAUGAGGCCUUUAGUCACAAUUUACAAGA